AUGGUGAAAAUAGCUCUCCAAAUCAAAGCAUCUUUAGAAUGUAUUGAAAACUUAUACACUAAUCAUCCUGACUAUUCGUGGUUCUUGAAAUUAAAAUGCGAAAACUGUGGUGAAGUAUCAGAAAAAUUUCACGAUCUCACAGAAGCUGAAAAAGUAUCACUUAAGCAUAAAAGGUCGGAGACUAACUUGCUAAUUAAAUGCAAGUUAUGCUCCAGGGAAAAUAGUGUAGAUGUUAUUGAAGGAAGCAAUGGUGUAUACACAAGCGAAGAUGUGGGCAAAUUCAAAACAAUUGUAAUAUUUGACUGUAGGGGAGUAGAACCUGUAGAUUUUGAGCCGAAGUCAGGAUGGAUUGCUAAAGCUGAGAAUGAAGGAAAAACAUUUGAAGAUAUCGAUUUAUCAGAGAAGGAAUGGGCGGAUUACGAUGAGAAAAACCAGACCGCCGUCGGCGUGUAUGAUUUAGAAUGGCAGUUCGUCAAAGUCAAAUAA